AUGUUGGCGCCCAUUAAACAUUUGCUAAGCAAUUAUCGGAUUGUGCUGGCUAGCGGCUCACCCAGGCGACAGGAACUAGUACAAAUGCUGGGCCUGAAUGCCGAACUAUGCCCUUCGACAUUUGAGGAGAAUUUAAAUGUAGCUGACUUUACGGAAUUCAGCGCCUAUAUAGAAGCCACAGCGCUGGGCAAAGCUGAGGAAGUGUUUCAACGCUUGAGCGGCGCAGGCGGCGAUGAUAAGCGACAGCUGCUGGUUAUAGCAGCGGAUACGAUGGUUACGCUGGGCAAGGAGAUCUAUGGCAAACCUAAAGAUGCAGCCGAUGCUGUGCGCAUGUUAAGCAAUUUGUCUGGUGCCUGCAAUCGCGUCUAUACGGGCGUAGUGCUUAAGCAUGCUGCAGGCUUGCGGCAGUUUACAGACACAGCGGAUGUUUAUUUCGGAAAUUUAACAACUGCUCAAAUACAAGACUAUGUGGAUAGUGGAGAUCCACUUGACAAAGCUGGCGCCUAUGGUGUGCAGGGACCUGGCGGUGCUUUAAUUCCACGCAUCGAUGGUGACUUCUACACUGUCAUGGGCUUGCCCCUGCAUCGACUUUGCUGUGAGCUUAAUGCGCUUUUGCUGGAGGAUCUCAAUUAGCUGUCAACCUGCAAAAGCUUAUAUAUGUUAUCGCUCCAGAGUGAACGUCAGAGGCUACACUUGCUGAUAAGUUGUACUUGUUUGCUUUGUCGUUAUUUAUUAUUGUUUGACUGUGGCCCAAAAAUAGCUUAAGGCAAGGCACUGUGGUUAGCUUAAGUACAAAUUGACAAAUGUUAUAAAGCAGCAAGCACUUAAACAAUGUUUAUUUAUUUC